AUGAGCUCCGAGUCGCGCCAAGCCACCGGAGCAAGUGGAAAAUCCAAGCGUCGAUGGACCGACGCUGAGGAGGAUACCAGGCCAAAUGGGCCGGAGGAUUCUGCUCAACCCAAGCGUCAGCGAGUCUCCAGGGCCUGUGACAGCUGCCGCUCAAAGAAGGACAAAUGCGACGGGGUCCAACCGGUCUGCUCAACCUGCUCAUCACUAUGUCGGCCCUGCACCUACAAAGCCAACCCCAAGAAGCGAGGUCUUCCCACCGGGUACAUUCGAUCGCUGGAGCUGUUAUGGGGGUUAGUGUUUCAGAGGAUCCAGGGUAGCGAAGAUGUGAUGCGUGCCAUGAUGCGCUCCAUCAAUCUCCCGAGCCACUUGGCGACGAUGGGCAAGGAAGCCGAAGGGUCGGACACGCUGCUGUCUUCGUUCAAGAAUAGUACGGUCCUUCGAGACAUUGAGCGAAUGCUGGUCGUGCUGGAACAACCGGAAGAGGAGAGAGAACGCAGCCUGCUGGCAUACGGCGAUGGGGAUACACCGUUGGAUGUCGACGGGAUUCUUGCUUCUUCCGAAGCCCAGGAAUGGCAGCUCCCAGAGGGAAGGGAGCAGCGUGAGACGCCGUCGUUCCCGGAGAUAUCACCUUCCCGCACCUCUAUGACGGGCCCAGCUCCUCGAACUACUCGCGGCAAAGACUGCGGUGUCCAAACAACUCCUACCGACGAUUUCCAACCUCAAUCCCUCGCCAUCUCUCUUAUGCCCGACGAUUCUCGAUCGAUCUCCACCAGCACUUCUCUCCAACUCCCUUUCAACGCGUGGCCUCUCCUCGACAUCUACUUCUCAUACACACAAUGCUGGUUCCCGAUACUGGAGAAGCAUGACAUCCUUCGCACGGCAUUCCAAUAUACGGAGGGCGAUGUGUACAUGUCACGCACAGCAUCCGGAUCUGGUGAUCAUGCCGCUCUCUGGGCUGUGCUUACUCUUGCCUCUCUCCAAGAUGCAUCUAUCACUGCCGGUGCACACUCCGAUGGCCAUGUCACCCAAUUGAACUCUCUCCACUUGUACAACACUGCUCGAGACCUCAUUCCUUCCGAAACCGGGCCCUUUGAGGUCGGACACGUGCAAGCGUUGCUCAUUCUGUCUCUCAUCAAGUUUGGGCAGCAGGAAUGGACUUCGGCUUGGAUGCUCGUCGGUCAUGCGGUCCGAGUUGCCCAGACCGUGGGCCUGGAUCAGCCGUCAUCUCACGUCCCAUCCAAAGCCACUGAACAAGGCAAGCAGCUGGGACGAGCAAAGCAUGUCUUCCUAGGCUGCUUUGUUCUUGAGACACUCAUUGCCGAACAGACCUCACAAACUCCGUCUCUUCGAAAAGACGACCUGGCUCGGGUCGGUUCCAUAAACGAAGAUGGAUUGGAGGAGUGGCAUCCAUGGGAAGAUCAGACCGGUCUUCGGCCAGCCCAGGUCUCACGAGCGUCCAUGCAACGUGGGCCACUCCACGCACUGAGCACAUUCAAUCGACUAGUCUCACUCACUUGUAUUUUGAAUGAUCUCUGCUUCUACAAUCAGGAUCCCACUAUAUCUCGGUCGCAACUGGAGUCAUUGGAGCUGCAGUUGCAACGCUGGGCGACUGCUCUCCCGAAAAGCUAUCGUGUGGAUCUACAAACCCAGCCGCUGAAAUUGGCUUCGCCGCAUAUAUUUGGACUCGAAAUGACUUAUCAAAGUAUUGUGACGACAUUGAGUCUCCAAAUUGCCUUGCGGGAAAGCGACCAGAACACCCCCGAAGCACCCCACAGGAGCCGUGCAAUUGAGAGUUCCAAACGACUGUUGCAACUGCUUCAAACUUAUAUGGAAACAUACAGCUUCUCGGCCACUGCGCCCACCUUCGGAAUGAUUCUCAAAUACUGCCUCCCGCGCUCACUUACCCGCGAUCUCGUGUCGGACGUUGAGCUUGGAAUUCGCAAUAAAAUCCAAUCAUUCUCCACCCAUCUUGGACAACUCUGGUUGAUGCCGGAGAGACCGAAUACUGGACGGACAAUGGGCCAAAGAACUCAGGAGACAACCGUAUCACCCGCAACAUCUCAACAACCCGAUCUCGCCACUCAUGACGUACAGCACAUCAUGCCAGCGCACACUCCUCAACACCUCGGCGGCUCAGCAGAGCCUCAUCCUUCACAGACCACCUCGCAUCCUCCUCCAUCAGAUUCCUUCCUCUCCACUCCCUGGAUUAGAGCACCUCAAAACAUCGACGAUGGUGCUGGAUUGCUACCCACGCCCCCAUCAAUGAGUGCUGGCGCUGGCUCUGAAGUUCCAGGGCAACCCGGUCCGCUAGAUGCAUCGCUGGGCAGUGGCAUGCGGCCAUCUCCAUCUGCGCCCUCCAAAUCCCAGAAUGGUCCUCCGAUGAUCCCUGAUCUCACCACCCCUCCAUUUCCUCCAGGCGGCCAAUACCCCCCACCAUACCAAGAUCCAUCACUUGGGCUUAGUCCAUUUGUCGAUAUGGAAGGCUACGGAGCACCGCGGCAACAACAACCGCAACAGCAACGAAUUGCUCCAGAUCUGGAUGCACUAUUCGACGAGCUAGCAUCGCUGGAUGGUGCUGAAAAGGCCGAUAACCAACCAGAGUUCAUGCAAAACCUCGGCUUCGUUGCUGACUCGAGUAUGCCCGAGAUUUAUUCCUUCUCGAGCCAAAUCGAGCCGUUCCUACUGGCACAGACGCAACAGAUGCCUGGUAAUGGGCCUGCGCCUGUUGGUCGAAGAGAAUCUCAGCCAAUCCGCUUGUCGGACACACCGAGGCGAUGA